CUCAGCGCUCUGCCCACGAGCUGCCCAUGGUGGAGAGACAAGAUGUGGACAGCUGCCUGGUGUACGGGGGCCAGCAGAUGAUCCUCACGGGCCAGAACUUCACGGCUGAGUCCAAGGUUGUGUUCAUGGAGAAGACCCCAGAUGGGCAGCAGGUUUGGGAGAUGGAAGCCACGGUGGAUAAAGACAAGAGCCAGCCUAACAUGCUUUUUGUUGAGAUCCCCGAGUAUCAGAACAAGCACAUUCGAGUGCCCGUGAAAGUAAACUUCUAUGUCAUCAACGGAAAGAGAAAAAGAAGUCAGCCACAGCACUUUACCUACCACCCAGUCCCUGCCAUCAAGACGGAGCCCAGUGACGAGUAUGACCCGUCUCUGAUCUGCAGUCCUGCUCAUGGAGGCCUGGGGAGCCAGCCGUAUUACCCACAGCACCCAAUGCUGGCCGAGUCCCCUUCCUGUCUUGUGGCUACUAUGGCCCCCUGCCAACAGUUCCGCUCGGGGCUCUCAUCCCCCGAUGCCCGCUACCAGCAGCAGAGCCCCGCAGCAGCUCUCUACCAGAGGAGCAAGAGCCUGAGUCCAGGCCUACUGGGCUACCAGCAGCCGACCCUCCUGGCAGCACCCUUGGGUCUGGCUGAUGCCCACCGCUCUGUGCUGGUGCAUGCUGGUUCUCAGGGCCAGGGCCAGGGCUCCACCCUGCCACACACAUCCUCGGCUAGCCAGCAGGCCUCUCCCGUGAUUCACUACUCACCCACCAACCAGCAGCUUCGUGGCGGGGGGCACCAGGAGUUUCAGCAUAUCAUGUACUGUGAAAACUUGGGCCCCAGCUCUGCCAGGCCUGGCCCUCCUCCCAUCAACCAAGGCCAGAGGCUGAGCCCAGGCUCCUACCCCACAGUCAUCCAACAACAGACUGCCCUGAGCCAAAGAGCUACCAAAAACGGACCCCCAGUCAGUGACCAGAAGGACGCUGUGCCCACUGGAGUGACAGUCAAACAGGAACAGAAUCUGGACCAGACCUACCUGGAUGACGAGCUGAUAGACACACACCUUAGCUGGAUACAAAACAUAUUAUGAGACCGAGUGACUGGUCUUUGAUCCGAGAAAUCAAAGUGAAAGUUAAUGAAAUCAUCAGGAAGGAGUUUUCAGGACCUCCCCCACAAAAUCAGACCUAGAAACAGCCAUUAUCGCGAGACGCCUUCCACCUUGGACCCCUUCUAUAUCCCCCCACCCCCGCCGCCGCCUUCCCUGACUGGAACACUGUGUGCACACGCAGCGCAGGCUGUUGGUGUAGGAGCCUGCCACCUCAAAAAGGUCAUCUCAGCUGAGGUCCAUGGUGACUGGAUGAAAAAGCAACGGCCUGCUGACCAAAGCCCCAAUCUCAACUCGCCAGGAAGCUGAGCUUGCCUGAGACCCAGAGGCUGGGCUGGGGGAGAGAACUGGGGAGUUUUGAUAGAGCCCCAGCCCACAGACAUGGCUCCUAACUCUCUCUGAGACUGUUUAGACAGAGCAACCAAAAGAACAUGGCCCAAGAGCCCACCUUGUGGACUCAAAAACUCCAGGUCUCUGUAGGAGCCAAAACUGGACCAUCAUCUCUGCCCCAGCUCGGCCAUAGCAAGGCUUUAUUUUCAAUUUUGUUUCCAAAGCCAAACUGCCUUGCCCUGGCAGGACCACCUGCUCCAACUUCUCAGCCUUAAGUUAUAACACAUGUACUUGUUUGCCUGCUUCUGGGGCUUUGUUUUGUUUUUCUCUGCUUCAAAGAGCCAACCAAGGAGUCUGCAGGCUGGGCCCUCUCAGCCAGCUACACCCUAACCCUGCAGCUGGCACCAGACCUCUGGUGGGACCCAGCCCGGGCUGCCUGUUGAGAACAACGCUUCUGAAGGCUCCUCUCCACCCUCCUCCCAGACACAGCCUCUUCUGCCCAGGAACUGGGAGAACCUUCUGGGACUUUGCAUUGACUGUUACAGAGCUGAAGUCACCUACCCCAAUCAAAUCCUGCAGGUGUUUGUCAUGACUGCCACCAAACAGAACAAAGGAGCUGAAACCAACCCCUACCCUAAACACCAAGCAGGAAAGCGCCGCCCGCCCUCGGGCAUAGCCCAUGGCUGUUUCUUACCUGGAUUCGUGUAAAGUCGCUGUAGAACCCAAGGCGCUGCCACUUGAGCUGCCUCUAACUCAGGCAGAUCGGCCCAGCAUGUGCCUUAGUGUGAUCUAGCCCUGCUUGGCCGGCUGUGUGUCCUGUGGAACCCCACACACACUCUCAUUGCUGUCCUCCGCAGUCUUCCUCCCCUGGUGCAAUUAUUUUGCUGUUGUUCCUUUUGUAUUUUUCCUUCCCACAGAGUUCUUGUCAAGAGCAAGAUUGCUUUCUCCGCUUGCCUUCGCCACAGAUGCCCCUGUACACGUUGGGCGGGCACAUCAAGUGACUUUCUCUGCUCUGUCUACUAGGCAGAGGGCCAUAAUAGCAAGCCACAAUGGCUAAAUACUCAUCAUGGGUUUCUUAUAUUCUGGCUUUGUCAAGGCUAUCCCAAAGUAAAUCUUGGGAGCUGGGCCAGCUAUGGCUAGCUCUCUAGACAGAGACCCCAUGCCCAGGGUUCAGCUUGCGCAUGAAAAGUGUGACUUUUUGGCUAAUACCUAGUACUUCUUUCCCCUAGAGCAGCACCUGGCUUUCCUCCACCCACCCCAAGCUAGACCUGAGCAGAAUUCUCCUGUGAACCCAGAAUUCCACAAGCAGUUGAGCACUGAGUCCCUGCUUUUGAGUACUUCCUUCUAAUUAAAGCGAGCUUCCCUGCUGGCCCUUCA